GGUUCAGUUCCCACUGUGGAAAGCUGUUGAACUACGCCCCAAGAUCUCUUUCUACUUAAAACAACCUUAAACUGAAUUUCGACCAUGAAGAAUCUCGCCAAAAGCAUUGCUGUAUUUUGUGCAUUCUUCUGUGCGGCUCAUUCGCUGCAGUGCUACGUGUGUACCCCAACCGAUGAAUCUUACAGCGUUGAACAAUGCGAAAAAGACCAAAAGAAAGUGAACUGCAGCGAUAUUCCUGGUGUGGUCUCGGACUUCUGUUUAAAAACUUCCGUAGAAGACGAAGAUGGCAGGAAGUCUGAACAGAAAGCAUGCGUGUCUAAAGCCGAAUGCGAGCAGACCAAGGCUAAUUGUGACAACGCAGGCAAGACGGAAGAAUCCAAAGUCAAGAAAUGUUCAGUAUCCUGCUGUACCAGUGAUCUGUGCAACAACGCCUUCUCGGUUUCCAUCAACAUGAUGUUUAUUGUUACAGCAGCGCUGUGUAGUUUCAAGUUAUUCUAAGCACAAACAAUGCUAAACUGCUCACUAUCGUAGGCACAUCACGCUGUUAAUGAAGUUUAUCGCCAGUGCUGCUAGAGACAAACCUCCAGUUAUUACUGACUAGUAAUAAAUUGAGUCAU